AUGGAGAGGGUCAACCAAACCAGCAGUGUCUCCGAGUUCAUCCUCCUGGGACUGUCCUCCUGGCCAGAGGACCAGAAGCCACUCUUUGCCCUGUUCUUCAUCAUGUACAUGGUCACACUGGUGGGAAACCUGCUCAUCAUCCUGGCCAUCAGCUCUGACACUCAGCUCCAGACACCUAUGUAUUUUUUCCUCAGCAUCUUAUCUUUCAUUGAUGUUCGCUACACAACAACCAUCGUUCCCAAGAUGCUGGUGAACUUCCUGUCAGAGAAGAAGUCCAUUUCCUAUGCUGAGUGUAUGACCCAGAUGUAUUUCUUCUUGGCUUUUGCCAACACAGAAAGCUACCUCCUGGCGGCCAUGGCCAUUGACCAUUUUGUGGCCAGUGACCCCUUCCACUAUGUCACCAUCAUGAGCCACUGCCGCUGUGUCUUGCUGCUGGUCUUCUCCUGCUCCAUCUCUGACCUCCAUUCCCUCUUAACUGUUCUCCUGAUAAAUCGUCUCACCUUCUGUGACUCCAGUGUUAUCCCCCACUUCCUCUGUGACAUCAACCAUCUGCUGAAAUUAUCCUGUUCCUCCACAUUCGUCAAUGAAGUUGUAAUUAACACAGAAGGAUUGAUAACCCUGGUGACCCCCUUUAUGUGCAUUAUCAUCUCUUACUUCCGGAUCCUCAUUGCUGUUCUUAAGAUCCCCUCAGCUGCUGGGAAACAUAAAGCUUUCUCUACCUGUGGCUCCCACCUCACCGUGGUGACCCUCUUUUAUGGAAGUAUUAUUUACGUUUAUUUCCGACCCCUGUCCAGCUACACCAUCAAGGACAGGGUGGCAACAGUCAUCUACAUGAUUCUGUCCUCCGUGCUGAACCCUUUUACCUACAGCCUGAGGAACAAAGACAUGAAGCAGGGCGUGAGGAAGCUGAUGGAGAAAAGACAAGUGGCCCAAAUGACCCGUUUAUCGAAGUCAACCAAGACGUCUAAAACGGAGGAGCCUCCAUUGGUGAGGUGCCCUGUCUCUUUACCUGGUCCUGUGGCUGUCAGUAUGUUUAUCUGAAGUGGAUGCUUCUUUGAAAUGGGUGCCAAGGCGAUCC